AUGCCUCGAGUUCUCACCCUACAGCAGAUCGAAGGCGCAAAGCCUGGAAAGGUCUAUUAUCCACUUCAAGUAAAGCAAGUUCCAAAGCCAACUCCAGGCCCCAAUGAGGUCCUUGUCAACCUCUCUGCGGCGGCACUUAACCACCGUGAUCUCUUCAUGCGCCGUCAUCUCUACCCAGCCAUUUCCUUCACCAACCCAAUUCUAGCAGAUGGCUACGGCACUGUGGUCGCCCUAGGAAGCAAUGUCACUCGUAAGAACCUCCUCAACAAGCCAGUCAUCCUCACUCCCAUGCGCGGUUGGGAAUCAGACCCUGCUGCACCAGAAGAUAGCCGCAAGUUUGCAGUCACAGGUGGUUCUAAACUCACCGAGGUCGGUACUGCUCAGGACUAUAUUGUAGUGUCAGAGGAGGAAGUUGAGCCUGCGCCUGAGCACCUUACACCCGCUGAGGGAGCAGCUCUGCCUCUUGUUGGUGUCACUGGCUGGCGUGCUCUUGUAACAAAGAGCAACGCUGCUUUCCCUGGCUCAAACAUUCUUAUCACAGGCAUUGGCGGCGGUGUUGCGCUCCAGGUCCUCCAGUUCGGCGUAGCAAUGGGCUGCAACGUAUUCGUCACAUCCGGCGAUCAAGCCAAGAUUACAAAGGCCAAAGAGAUGGGCGCAAAAGGUGGAGUUAUCUACAAGAACGAGUCAUGGGACAAGGAGCUUCGAGCACAGCUACCAGCCAACAGACCAUAUCUCGAUGCUGUAAUCGACGGUGCAGGCGGUGAGAUCGUGGCUAAAACUGUGCGACUACUCAAGGCUGGCGGUGUAAUUGUGCAGUACGGCAUGACCGUGUCUCCCAAGAUGGACUGGCUGAUGGCCGCGAAUCUGCAGAAUAUCGAGCUCAAGGGUUCAACGAUGGGUUCCCGCAAGGAGUUCCGGGAUAUGGUUGCCUUUGUGAACGAGAAGAAGAUUCGGCCUGUCAUCAGCAGGACGAUCAAGGGGCUGGAUAACCUUUCAGGAAUUGAUGACCUGUUUAAAGACAUGGAUCAGGGGAAGCAGUUUGGUAAGCUGGUAAUCGAGUGGGAUUUAGGAAGCGAUUCGCCCUACAAACUCUAG